ACCAUGGCAUCACCCUAUCUUUAUAUAUAAAUGCAUACAUUAUUCAUAUCUUUAGCUUUACCUAUCAUUUUAAGUCGAAAACCUUAAACCUUCCUUUCUCUUAGUGUCAACUCUCCAUAUACCCAUCAAUGGCUUCCACAAACUCUCUCAGACCAAUCCCUUCUAUAAAACUAGCCAACACCACUUCUCUAUCAUCCUCAUAUUCAAAACCACAAAAAUUGUCAGGUUUCAAUUUCUCUCAUCCACUUUCAGCCCAAAACCUCAAGAUCUCAACAACCCAUCAAGAUUUCUCAAUUAGAAGAUCCUCCAAAAGCUUUGCAACCUCAGCUUUCUUCUUUGAAUUCUUCAAGAAAAAGCUUGAUUCCCCAAGAUCCACAAAAGUUCAAAAACUGUGUGUUUACGAGAUCAACGAGAAAGACCGAGGCAGCCCAGUGUAUCUGCCACUGAGUCAGAAAUCGGUCCACUCACUGGGCGACCUCGUACCAUUCAGCAACAAGCUCUAUACCGGUGACCUACAGAAGCGGUUAGGAAUCACAGCUGGACUGUCUGUUCUGAUCGAGAACGUGCCAGAGAAGAACGGUGACCGGUACGAGGCCAUUUACAGCUUCUACUUAGGGAAUUACGGGCACUUGUCAGUCCAAGGCCCGUACUUGACAUACGAGGACACGUAUCUGACUGUGACUGGUGGCUCGGGGAUCUUCGAAGGGGUGUACGGUGAGGUGAAGCUGCAGCAGAUUGUGUUCCCGUUCAAGCUGUUCUAUACCUUUUAUUUGAAGGGUAUAAAGGAUUUGCCAGCUGAGCUAACCGGUAAGCCGGUUGUGCCAUCAAAGUCUGUUGAGCCAUCACCGGCGGCUAAGGCUACCGAGCCGCAAGCCACUAUUCCCAACUUCACUAACUAAUAAUGUUACAAAAUGGCAUUGCUAGGAUCAUAGAAAUUACUGAUAUGAGAUGCGAAUAUUUUGUUUUAAAUCCCUGAUUUUGGUGCUUGAAUUUUUCAGUGUUCGUGUAUUUUUUAUGUCAUGAUCCAUUCGUAGUAGGAUACUGUUAUACAUGAAUAAAUUUUUAAUAAUUUGUUUGUUA